AGCGCAAAGAUCAAGCAGCGAUCCCGGAGCCUUCCCCGCGACGGUGGUGACAGCACAGAAAUCUGGGUCUUCGGGCUUCGGUCAAGAUACGGUUCAUCUCCGUCCGAUGCCGCCCAGGGCCGUGAUGGACUACUUCAGACGCCGAUAGCCGACCUCAUGCGACAUGUCUGUCUGCGAAAAUCCCCCGCGCUGACGCCUUGAUCUGUUGUUUUGCUGGGACGUUGCGUUAUGGCUGUCAUCAAGAGCAUCGAGUAUUUUCGGGUCGUGCCCCGCUGGCUGUUCGUCAAGAUCUGCGAUGAUGCGGGGAACUACGGCUGGGGCGAGGCCACGCUGGAGGGCCAUACGGAGGCCGUCGAGGGCACGUUGAACGAGUUCCGCACCCGUUUUAUAGGCCAGGAAGCGGAUGACAUUGAGCACAUAUGGCAGCUGGCUUGGCGUCUUAGCUUCUACAGAGGCGGUCCCGUCUUCAUGAGCGCUCUUGCGGGCAUCGACAUCGCCCUCUGGGACAUGAAAGCCCGCAAGCUCAAUGUCCCCAUCUACCAGCUACUCGGCGGCAAGGUCCGAAACAAGGUCUCCGUCUACGCCUGGAUUGGCGGCAACAGGCCAGCAGACGUAGAAACGGCAGCCAAGGCGCGUCUGGCGCAAGGCUUUAAGGCCGUGAAGAUGAACGCCACAGAGGACAUGGGCUGGUUGGACGCACCCCGCGUUCUAGAAUCAGCAGUCGAGCGUCUCAAGAAAGUCAAGGCACUGGGCAUGGACGCAGCCAUGGACUUCCACGGCCGCGUACAUAAGCCAAUGGCGAAGCAGCUCGCAAAGGCACUGGAGCCUUACCGCCCCCUGUUCAUCGAAGAGCCGCUCCUAUCGGAGCAUCCCGAAGGCAUCAAGCAGAUCUCGGAGCUGACAACAUGCCCAAUCGCGCUCGGGGAGCGGCUGUACAGCCGUUGGGACGUCAAGCGUUUCCUGCAAGACGCUUCCGUCGACGUCCUGCAGCCCGACGUCUCCCACUGCGGCGGUAUCUCUGAGAUCAGGCGCAUCGCUGCCAUGGCCGAAUCGUACGACGUCGCUAUUGCUCCCCACUGUCCGCUCGGCCCUAUCGCGCUUGCGGCUUGUUUGCAGGUCGGUAUCGCGACCCCUAACCAUGUCAUCCAGGAAAUGUCGCAGGGUAUUCACUAUAAUACGGAAGCGGGCGACUUUGAUAUCCACAGCUAUGUGACGGACGCAAGUGUCUUUACGGUAAAGGACGGAUAUGUCGAUGCGUUGACUGGGCCCGGCUUGGGAAUCGAGGUUAAUGAGGACUUGGUCAGGAAGGUUUCCAUGACGUCGACGCCGUGGCCGAAUGGCGAGUUUUAUGGCCCCGAUGGCGGUAUUCGUGAGUGGUAGACGAUUGCAAGGGUGUCGCUUUCUUGCUUCGAGCCUUGCAAGGCUGAAUUAAGUCGGUGUUGGCCCCGGCUAUUCACCAUUCCCUUUGGCUAUUUUGACCAUACCUUUCUGCCUACCAACUUUGGCAGCAUUAGGCAGAAAAGAAGAAGAGGAUUGGAUACACUGCGGCG